AUGCCCCAACAACAGCCCCCGGCAAGCGAACACCCUCCUUCAGAGGAGGACAAGCCUCUGCUGAAGACUGCGCACCGCAAGGUUGACAAGAGGCUUCUGAUAUGGUACUCGUUCGUAUAUCUGAUCAUGCGAAUUCAUGUCAGCAACAUCAGUAAUGCUGCCAUUAUCAACCUAGAGCAAGGGACCGGCAUUCGAAAACAGCUGGGAAACCUCUCAAGCUCACAAUGGGCUUGGGCGCUGAGCAUCUUCUAUUACCCUUACAUGGUCUUCGAACCGCUUGCGACUCUCGCACUCAAACGAUUCUCUCCUUCCGUUUGGAUGAGCCGCAUUAUUAUCACCUGGGGCAUCAUAUCUAUGUGUCAAGGCGCAACACAGAACUAUGCUGGUAUCCUGGCAUGUCGAUUCUUCCUGGGGCUUGCUGAAGGGUUUUUCUAUGCUUGUGGCAUGUUUUCCGGGACUAUUAGCGGACUACUAGCUUACGCGAUCUCAUUCAUGAAUGGUAUUGGGGGACUUGCUGGCUGGAGAUGGCUCUUCAUCCUGGAAGGUAUUCCUGCCAUUUUGUGCGGCAUAUAUACCUACUUCUUCUUGCCAAAUUACCCUGAGACGGUCACGUUUCUCACGGAGUCCGAACGAGAAGUGGUCCUCGCAGACCUCCCCGAAGAAGCACCAACCAUGAAAGCCAAAACGAUCAACGUCGAACAGGUCAAAGAGCUCUUCCGCAACCCCACCUUCAUCCCCUUUCUCAUGAUCUGGAUAACUCACGGUAUUGGUGGCUGGGGCAUCUCUUUCGUGCUCCCAACAGUCAUCUAUGAGCUGGGAAUCUCAAACACCGCGAUCUCCCAAGUGAUGACCAUGCCCCCCUUCACACUAGUUUUCGUCAUUCUUCUGUCACUAGCCUUUCUGGUCCACACUCGAAGACUGAGUCCUUGGGUUGCAGGACUCGGUCUGGAAGCAGCCCAGAUCGUUUGCUACAUCUUGCUUAUUACCGUGAAACAUCCGAUAGCGAAGUACAUCUUCGUCAUGAUUGCCACAGCUGCAUCACAGAGCUUCUUUGCAAUUAUUUGGCCUGAGCGCAUCCGAGCAGCCAAGGGUACGACGACCGCCGGACUGGCCAUCGGAAUCACCAAUGCCUCGUGCCAACUGAUGGGUAUAGUUGGCCCUCAAAUCUACCAGCCCAAGUUUGGACCAUCCUAUCGCGUCAGCUACUCAUGUUCCAUCGGUCUUCUCUGCGGAACGUUACUCGCUGUCUCUAGUGCUUGGUUCUUCGUGGCCAGACAAGACAGGCAAGAAGGCAGUUUGGGAACUGAACCGACUGAGUCGGACACGGAUCAUAACCUGCAAAUCAAGGCUUAA